GUCCAUCAAAAGAAAGGUCCUCAGAAAAACUAGGGGCCAGCCACAUGUCUGUGAUGAAUCAACUCAGAGUGAAGAUUCAGUAUUCUCCACUUCGUUGAGGUGCCUGGAAGCUGUUUAUGCCUCGAAAUGUACAAGACAUUUGAUAAGCACUGGGACAGCGAGAGUGAGGAACACAACAACUCGUCCGGCGACUCCUUCUGGUCCGACCACGAGAGUGAGGUAGAGGAGGAGAGCGACGAAGAGCUGCGAGAGUGUUACGUGCGUGAGGAGGAAUCAGGUGGAACACAUCAGGACAAAUCGGACCAAUUAGCAGAGAACGCAAAGGCUGGAGAACACGAUGACCAGGGCAGGCCACAGAGUAAAGGGUGGCCUAGCCCUGAACACGAGACGCAUGCGGGUGAACGGAGGGGUGACGAGGCUCAGACGAAAUGUGACGGGGAAAAGCCGCUUCAAGAGGAAGAUCAAAGCAAGUGCACUGGUAGUGUGAAAGAGGAUUAUGAAAAGGACUGGAGCAACGACAGCGAGAAAGAACAGGAGACAGCAGACACCCACGGCCAUAACGGAGAAGAAACCCCACCACAAGAGACUGCUGAUGAAGACGUGGAGCCUGAGGGGAAUGCACAGGCCAAAAAGUACUGGUAUGGGAAUGAGGACAUGGGGAACGACUUGGAAGAGCACAAUGAAAAAGAUGGAGAACAAGACUACCCUAUGAGUGCUGGCAGCCCCACAAGUGUGAUCACAUCUGGGUAUGGCACCUACAGGCCCGACUCUCCCAGGGACAACCCUGAGGGGGAGGGUUACCAUGACGACCGCACCCUGAGCGACCCCGAGGAUGACCGUGAAUCCCAGUUUGAUGCUCAAUAUUAUGUGGACAAUUACAACUUGUCCAUUAAUGAUCAUGAAUAUUCGCUUACUGAUGACAAGCCAAACGGCCCACACCGUCCUGAGCUUUGUAACAGCCACGCUGAUGAUGACCUUAAAUGUGUGGGCUUGUAUGUGGCCAAUGAGGGCCUGGCUACACAGUGUGAUGUAGAGGAGUCUAAAGAGGUAGAUGAAGCUGUUGGAGGGGAGUCACAAUACAGAGAUGGUGAAGUUUAUGAGUUGAAAGAGCAGUGCCCAGGGGGAUAUCACACCGCAUCAGAAGUAAGGAAUGUUCCAGAACUUAAUGAAAAUGACUUCAGCUCACUCUGUGAAAGUCAUGAGCAUCCCUUUAAUUUGAGGAGCAACAAAUACUACCAAAAGGGAACAUUGGAUGUAAAGCUCAAUGACCACAAGAAGACAGGACAAAAGAAACGGGGCGUCAGUGGCCUGGAGCAAUGUCUCGACAGAUUACAAAUGUCUGGAACACACAGACACCCGGACUCAGAGUUAGAAAGCGAAGAGAUGGACAGUGGGAGUUCUGUAGGAGAACUGCCCAGUGCCUUUCAGGCCUAUCUCAAAGGCAUGGUUAGAUCACAAAGUGAGAAUGACAUUCGACCCCGUCCAAAAUCAUUUAUCAGACCGUUAAUGGAUCACCCUCACACUAGGAACCUGAAGAAAACUGAUCCUGUGACAAAGUACUUCCAGUACAAGCAAGAGUGGGACGCAUUCAAAGCACCUGGCGAAAAGGACCGCAGAGCACUACAGUGGGCCAUCAGGGAACAACUUAUGUACCAGCCUCCUCCUCCUCGACCUCAGAAAGUACUCGUCCCCAACACAUAUGUAGUUCCAACUGACAAGAAGAGAUCUGCCCUCCGAUGGGAGAUUCGCCACGAUUUAGCCAAUGGGAUCAUCCCAACCAAAAUGGCCUUCCCAUGACCAAGAUCCACCUUCAUGAAAUGCCUUCAGUUUUUUUAACCCAUUGAUAUUGUUGAUGCAUCUUUUGUUAUUUAUUUGUGACCGAUUGAGUGUUUUGGAAUGAGACCCUUGAAUCACGGAUUUUUAUUAAAUAAACACUUUUAAUUAAA